AUGGAAUGGGAGAACCAGACAUCUAGCUCUGACUUCAUCCUGACGGGAAUCUUCAGUCACACUCCCACUCACAUGUUCCUGUUCUCUCUGGUCCUGGGUAUCUUCACAGUGGCACUCUUGGCAAACACUAUCAUGGUUCUCCUCAUCUAUCUGGAUACCCGGCUCCACAACCCCAUGUACUUGCUCCUCAGCCAACUCUCCCUCAUGGACCUCAUGCUCAUCUGCACCACUGUACCCAAAAUGGCCUACAACUACUUGUCUGGUAGGAAGUCCAUUUCUGUAGCAGGAUGUGAAGCCCAGAUAUUCUUCUAUGUGUCCCUCUUUGGUGCUGAAUGCUUCUUAUUGGCUGUCAUGGCCUAUGACCGCUAUGUUGCCAUUUGCUACCCUCUUCAGUACCACAAUCUCAUGAACUGGAAAAUCUGUGGAGUCAUGGUUGCCUCUUCAUGGAUCCUUGGUUCCUUUGAUGGGAUUGUUGAUGUAGCCGCUACUUUGUCCUUUUCAUAUUGUGGCUCCCGAAAAAUACCCCAGUUUUUCUGUGAUGUGUCUGCGCUCCUAAGUCUCUCAUGCACUGAUACUUCCACAUUUAAAACACUUGCUUUUAUCUGUUGUGUAUUAAUGCUUCUUUUCCCGUUAUUACUCAUCAUUGUCUCCUACACUCAUGUAAUUGUGGCUGUCAUUCGCAUGAGUUCUCAGGAGGGUCGGCACAAGGCUUUCACGACCUGUACUUCACACCUUCUUGUUGUCGGAAUGUAUUAUGGAGCAGCUAUGUUCAUAUACAUGCGGCCCACUUCUAAUCGUUCCCCAACCCAGGACAAGAUGGUGUCAUCCUUCUACACCAUUCUCACCCCCAUGCUGAAUCCCCUUAUCUACAGCUUCCGCAACAAUGACGUGGCCAAAGCAUUCAGUAAGGUACUAGGGAAGGGGAAACCUAGAAAAUUAUUUGGAUAA